AGGAACCAUUGUGCAGUAUGGGGCCUAGUUUGGCACUUUCCUUGCUUCUCCUUUGCCUAAGCAUUGCCGUGGUAACCGGGGUGUCGCCCAAGAAAGGUUUGUCAUUUGGAGCCGCAAAAUGUUCGGAUUUUCCCGCAGUGACUGGGAAGAUCUCUUGGUGGUAUGAUUGGAAAGCCACCGGCAAGAACCAGUGCCACCCGAACAUUGAGUACGUGCCAAUGAUCUGGGGCCUUGGGUCCAUGAACUCCAUUACAUCAAUUCACGGAGAGAAGUACUUGUUAGGCUUCAACGAGCCAAACUUUCACGCCCAGUCUAACAUCAUGCCGGAGACUGCCGCUGAAAAAUGGAUGGAGAUCCAGAAGCAAGUGCCCUCUAGCGUCAAACUGGUCAGCCCGGCUGCUGCCCCCUGUAAUCCCAAGACGGGCCAAUGCAGCAUGCAGUACAACGAGUGGUUCUCCCGGUUCUUUGCUAAGUGCAAACAGCUCGGCUGCCGCAUAGAUUACGUGGCCACCCAUUCCUACACCUGCAACGCCAAUUCCCUCAUGGGCUUCUUGACCGCCGUGCACAACCAGGUGAAGAAGCCAAUAUGGUUGACAGAAUUCGCCUGUCCCAACACAAACAAUAAUGUCGCUCCGAUUAUGUCCUUCAUGCGCGCAGCGGUGCCCAUGCUUGAGAAGUCGUCCUUCAUCUUCCGAUAUGCCUGGUUCGAGAGCCGACUUUCGCACGCCCAAGGUCAUUUCCUUGGCACGUCCACUAGCAUCCUUGACAAUAGCGGAAAGCUUACCCAUCUUGGUCAACUUUAUCUGAGCUUGUAA